AAAGCAUUUCUUGGCCUACCAGUAACAGUACGGGCUUGGCCAUAGUAGAAUCUUUAAUCAGGAUGAAGAAGUUUAUGAAUUAUUUUUGAUAUUUGGGGAAUAUUUUCGAAAGGAGGCGUUCAUCACUUCUCCAGACAUACAAUAAGAGAGCAAAAUAUGUUGGGCAUCCCGUAUGUUAUGGCCGUGGCCCUUGCCCUGCUCCUAGCCUUGCCAACGAGCUACGCUGACACCCUUGCCGAGGAUACAUGCCCUUCUACGAGAAACAGUAUCACUCUCUUCCCUAAUGCUCAGGCUAUGCUGGUGGGAAUCUUCGACCUGAGUCAGCCAGGACGGAAUGGAGAAGCUUGUGGGGAACCUACACCAACUAUCUUACCUUCGUAUGAGGCGGUAAUGUGGGCCUUGACUCGACUCAAUCAGAAUAAUGGCUCAUUGAACAGUAACCCCAUCACUGACAGCUACGUGCCGGGAAUACAGAUAGGUAUGCGAGCCUACGACACCUGCAGUCGAACUGAAGUUGCAACUCGAAGUGUCAUGGACUCCUUCCCAAACUUCUACUCCAACGCCAGAUUCUGUACCCAGAGCAAGGACAAAAUGCUCCUUGGGGUGUUGGCCGGGUCGAUCUUCAGUCACGUUAGUGUGUUAGGGUCGUCCUACAGUUACGUCAGUAGAUCAGUAGCUGAUUGGCUGACAGCUUACAAGAUGCCCAUGGUGUCCUACGCUUCCAGUUUCCUUGACCUUGGCGACAAAACCCAAUACCCUUACUUUAUGCGGACCAUUCCACCGGACAGGAUGCAGACCCAGGUCUUCAUCGAGGUGCUGAAAAAGCUUAAGUGGUCAUACAUUGGCAUAGUUUACACUGACGAGACAUAUGGAAAAUCAGUCCAAGCAGAGCUGGUGAGACAUGCUAGUCAAAAUGGCAUCUGCAUUCGUGCUGCAGUUUCUGUCAGUAAAGAUGAGAAAGAUCCAGUAAAGCUGGCUGCAGUGUUCAGCACUUUACUUGGCGUUAAUGUAACCGGAGUGAUCUACGUUGGGCUUCCUCAUGUCGCAUUUGAUUUAAUGAAAGUGGCGCCGACCGUGAUGGAUGCGGGGAAGCUGCAGUGGAUUUUCUCAGACACAGUUGGUAACAGCCGGGGUUUCGGCUCUCUCAACAACUACACUAGAGGCUACAUCGGGCUCACUCCAUCUUCAAGACGUACCCCAGAGUUCCAAGAUCACUGGAUGCGAAUAGAUGAGAACAACCCACUUUCAUAUAAUCCAUUCUUCAAGGACUGGUAUAUGAGUAUGAACAAGUGUAAAUUGACAGGAGUCACGUAUGAGCCUUAUAGGUCUUACCCAGCCUGCCGCCUCAUGAGCCAAGACGACAAAAGGAAGUCAUACGUCCAGAACCAAUACGUCCUUUCUGCCCUGGAUGCUGUUUACACCUAUGCCAGGGCCCUGAGGAUGGCGCGGGCAGACAAGUGUACCACAAAGAGUGGCGCCUGCCAAGCGCUUCUAGACAUGAGUGGUGAGACAUUCUUCAAGGAUUACCUCCUCAAGGUCAACAUCACCUACGCCACGGAGGAACGCCUGUAUGCCUGGGCAUCGUAUCUCGAGGAGCCCUACUAUGCACCAAAGAAGACCUUCUUUACCACCACUGGAGAAAUUGGGCUACCCAGCUAUGACGUGUGGAACUUCAACAAGAGACCCUCAGGUUUAUUCUCCUCGCAGAGGGUCGGCGUAUACGAGGGAGGCAAGUUUACCAAGUGGGAUCAGAAGUACAUCAAGAUGUACGAUGUAAUUAGAGAAAACGAGCUGAAGUCCAUCCCUCCAUCAAAGUGUUCUUCUGACUGCGGUACCUGCCUCACUAUCAAGGGAGCCACGCAGUUCUUGUACAUCCCAGGAAACAUACAUAUCACUGGCAUCUUCUCCAUUCACACAGAUGCCACCAACUCCAACUGUGGAAAAGUCCGUUUAGAGUACGCCCAGCUCAUGGAAGCUUUCGCCUUUGCAAUCGACAGAGUGAAAAUCGACAACCCCAAAUGGCUGAACAAAGUAACGCUUGGAGCGGUUGGCUUUGAUGACUGCUCGAGUGUAUCCAGAGCCAAGGGUGUGGUGGCGAACUUUCAUAACAACCAAUUGGACCUCAGGAACCCCGCGACGAGUCAGAAGAUCCACCCAAAUUCGGUCGAGGGAUACGUUGCCUCCAGUGCCAGUGACACCACGAUAUCUAUUGCCGAGAUACUGACACCACUCAGAAUAACGCAAGUUGGAUAUGCUGCCACGUCAACAGAACUCUCCAACAAAGGUGUUUACCCUUAUUUCCUACGCACUGUUCCUUCUGAUGACAAACAAGUCACGGCGAUGAUCAGGCUUCUAAAAGAAAUGUCAUGGAAAUACGUCCAGACGAUACAAGCUCCAACCAGCUACGGAAAAAAUGCUGUCGCUGAGUUUCUGAAACAAGCGAAGCCUGCAGGGAUCUGUGUAACCGCCAGUCACGAGUUCACAUCGCACGGGAGUUACUUAGCAAUCUUAGAGCGUCUGCGACAACGUCCACAAGCCAAAGUCGUCAUCGUUUUUGCUGAUACUGCAGAUAUCAACGGAUUCCUGAAGGCUGUUAAAGUGCAGAACGCUGGGGGUGAAUUCCUGUUGUUUGGAGGGGAACUUUGGGGAACAUCACCUCUUCCCAUUGUCGAUGCUGAAAAUGUUGCAGUCGGAUCCCUCACUAUGAAACUAAGGAGUCCUUUUAUCGCAGAGUUUGACAAGUAUCUCCGGGGACUGAAGGUUAAUGCAAACAGCAGGAAUCCAUUCUACCGAGAGUGGUACCAGGCCACCUUUAACUGCUAUAUCGAUGUCCAAAGUACAACAGUUUACCCCAAGCCAUGUAACACGACCUUGACGAUCCCAGACUCACCAAUGUUUUACCAGUCCCAGUUUGCAUACUACACCAUAAAUGCUGUGUACGCCAUUGCGAUGGGGCUGGACGAGGCCUUGAAAUUCUACUGCGGGUCGACGUACACCAGUAUUUGUAAAGAGUUCGUGAAUGCUGCCAACAAGAAACAGCUAUUAUUCGACAAGAUUAAAGCUGCUGAUUUCCUAGAUAUUGAUAAGAAGACUUUCAAGUUCAUUGACGGCGAAGGGAACGCUGAAUACGAGGUCCACAGCUACUGGGGAAACGGUACUGGCAAAGGUUAUCAGAAGGUUGCCUCGUAUGUCGUCGCACAGAAUGACUGGGGGCAGAAGCCAGACAAAUCAAAGAUCCACUACUACAACAACAAUCCCAUAAUUUCCGAGUGCAGCAGCGGACUCGCUUGCCAGUCAUGCCUCUCCAAGUUCCAGACAAAGUUCCUACACAUACCUGGUGACGUGUUACUAGCUGGCCUCUUCCCAAUUCACAACUCCGGGAGUAACAUCUAUAGCUGUGGUGGGAUGAAGCCUUUUAAUGGAUUCCAGUACCUCGAGACUAUGGCCUUUGCCGUAGAUCAAGUCAACAAUGGGUUGGCUCCGGUCAAAUUGCAGAAUGUUACACUCGGCGCCGUCGGCCUUGACGACUGCUCCAGCGAGUACCUUGCCUCAAGUCUUGUCUCCAGCAUACACUCUGGUACUCUGCUGCUCAGCAAGAAUGGCAUUACGGUAGAUCGUCAGAAGAUUCGAGGCUUGUUGACCUAUGGUUCUGGGAUGUCAAUAAAAGUUCAAGAAAUUGUUCGGGGACUUCGCAUGGCGCAAAUCAGUCCGAGCUCCACCAGUACCCGACUCAACGACCCGCUUCUCUACCCUAUGUUCUACAGGACAGUCCCGAUGGACGACACACAGGUCAGGGCGAUUGCAAGAUUGGUGAAAACUGUUAAGUGGUCAUGUGUACAGACAGUCCAUUCUCCCACCAUUUACGCUAAAGACGCCAUCUUAGCAUUCAAAGCGGCUGCUAAGGCAGAAAAGAUAUGCGUUUCUGCCUGUUAUGAACUUUUCACUGACGGCACCUAUGACCAGAUCAUACAGAAGCUUGCCGACUCAUCUACGAAAGCUGUGGUGGUAUUUGCCCAAGCGGAUACCUAUGUGCGGAACCUUCUCGAAGCUCUUCGACAGGCCAAGCUCAACAAGACAGUCGACCUCACUUUCAUUGCCAGCGAAUCAUGGGGGCAAUUAAAAGCUGUAGUAAGAGGCUAUGAAUCAGUCGUUCCUAACACCAUGACUAUGAAAGUUCAAGCGCCUAAAGUCCCUGGAUUCGAUACAUAUGUCCAGACACUUAGGGUGACCACUGGUAGUAGGCCUAAUAGAAACCCGUGGUUUAAUGAGUACUACCAGAUGAUAUUCGACUGCUACCUAACGGACAAGUCCUUGUACAGUACUAAAUGUGCCAGCACAUCUCAAUCCCUCACGACAUCAGCCAAGUAUGAGCAAGAGAACUGGGUUGUCAGCACUAUGGACGGCGUUUAUGCCUUCACUGCAGCACUGCAUACAACUUUACAACAGGUCUGUGGAAAUAACUAUUCAGGUGUUUGUUCUACUUUCGUGCAAGAUGAUGACAUCAACCUGAAGAUCUUCCGUAACCUCCAAGGAGUCUCCUUCACGUCUCCAGGCGGUGGGACCUUCACCUUCAACGCAAACCGAGCCAGGACCACAGGUUAUGAUGUUGCGAAAGUUGACGCUACUAAUAGUGCUAACCCGUACAAAGAGGUGGGUAAGUGGGGCAACAACGCUCUUACUGUAAGUGACCCAACUCUAUCCACCAGCUACACCAGUGUGCCAUCGAGAUGUGCCCCUUGUAUCGAAUGCCCCUAUGGCCAACAGGCUCGCGACAAGGAAAAGUUUGCUUAUCUAAAUGGAGAUAUUCUGAUUGCAAACGUAGUUGAUGUUCACGUGGCCGGCAAGGAGGCAUUCUCCUGCGGUCAAAUCAAUAUGGAAUUUGGCGCCCCACUGGUCGAGGUCUUCAACUUCGCCAUUGAGCAAGUCAACAAGAAACAGGGAAUAUUCGCAAAUGUCUUACCUGGGGUCAGCUUGGGUGGUAUCACAGUGGAUUCUUGUAAGAGUGCAGUCAGGGCAGGUAACUUGGUGGCGGACUUUCACAGUGGUGUGAUCACAUUACAGGACGCUGGUGGCCAGGUCGUCGAACCGGAUCGAGUGCAACUGUGGAUUGGUGGCCAGACAACUCCCGAGUCCAUUGAGAUGGCUGAGGUUCUUAAGAUCCUUGGGAUACCGCAGAUCAGUUAUGGAGCGACUGGGUAUGCUUUGAGUGACAGAGACAAGUACCCAAACUUUCUACGAACGGUCCCCGCAGAUGACAAGCAGGCCCGCGGUUUGAUCAGCUUCGUCAAGACAUGGAACCUUGUGAAUGUCCAGCUUGUAUCCAGCCCCGAUCCCUAUGGUAACUACAUGUCCAGGGAGUUCAUCCGCCUUGCCAAGGUCAAUGGUAUCUGCAUUACAAACGAUAUUGUGUUUCAAGGGAAUGGCACCUUCACUGAAAGCUUGGCGGAUGAGGUAGUGCAGACACUUCUCAAGAAUCCUGAGGCUUCCGUUGUACUUGUCCUCCUUCGCGAUGAUUAUGUCAAUGGCUUCCUGAGAGCGCUCGACAGGGGCACCGGCAGGCAGCGCAAGUUUUUCCUCAUUGGAACAGACACCUGGGGUGAUCUCCUUAGGCAGACGACAGGAGUGAGUGAGACAAUCCUCCUCAACGCUGUAACCUUCAAUGUUGAGACUGCAGACAUCCCCGAGUUUGACACGUACCUAGAUGCUAAAAACCCAAACAACUAUUUUCGCAACCCCUGGUUCAAUGAGAUGUAUGAGGCAGCCUUUGACUGUACUAUUCCUAACAACAUCGCCAGUUAUGCCCGCACUUGUUCCAACACACAACUCGGAAUACCUCGGCUAUGGAAUUACACCCAGGAUCCAUUCGCUCUUUAUAUGGAGAAUGCUGUUUAUUCGGCAGCCAUUGGCAUCCACCAUGCUCUGACUGAGAUCUGUGGCGAGAAUUACGUUGGCGCAUGCCCGGAUUAUGUCGUGGCCGGAGAGAAGCGACAGCGGAUCAGGCACGCUAUGAAAUUGGUCAACUUCAUUGAUGCGACCGGGCAGCCAUUCAAGUUUGUCCUCAAUGGAGAGAGCGUCCGGGGUUACCACAUAUAUCGCCUGGAGAAAGAGGCUGUGGGUGGCAAUCUUACCUACAAAAAUAUUGGGAGUUAUAAUGACACCAACCUCCUUAAAUUGGACAUCACCUACAACCCCAACUGGUUUUCCAACUGCUCUGACAAUAGAUGCAAAGCCUGCCCUAAUCUGGUCCCGAAGCUCUCGAGAUUCAUGCAGCGAAGGAGCUAUCGUGACCUUAACCUCGUCGCCUUCUAUAAUGUGCAUCACUCCGGCAGCAACUACCUUGGCUGUGGCAAGAUGAACAUAGUCUACGGCUUCCAGAGAAUGUUAGCUUUCUUCUACGCAAUAGAACUCAUCAACAACAACACUUUAAACGAGUUAGAUUCAACAAUGAAACUCAGUGGUUUAGCCAUUGACUUCUGUGAAAAUCCCGCCCAGCUGCGACAGGACUUAUUCACCUACUUGAAUGGUGAUGGCCUUUGUAACUACGCUAACUACACCGAAAUGCUGUAUCCUUGGACAAGUGUUGCCUACAUGACCACCGGUGCCGCCUAUUCUAUCAUAGGAGACGAGUUUUUUACCCCACUUGGACUAACCGCCAUUAGCCCCAUUGCUACUGCUGUUGAUUUGAGUGACAAGAACUUGCAUCCUUUCUUUCUGAGGACAGUACCACCAGAUACCUUACAAGCAAGAGCUAUGGACGAAAUCCUCAAUCUGUUUGGAUGGAACUAUUUCAUGGGUGUAAACACUGAUGACGAAUAUGGCCGCGGUGCUAUGGAAGCCUUGGUUAACCUAGUAUCCAAUAGGGGUAACAAGUCCUACUGUGUUGGUGCUAGACACACUAUCCCAAAAGGUGCCUCCAUGGAACAGGUGAAAGAGAUCGUCAGGGACUUGGACAGAAAGCGAUUUGGUCGGGUUGUCAUUCUGUUCACAAACGUAAAAGACACACGCAAGAUCCUUCAAGCUACCAAGGACCUGAACCUCAUUGGUCGGUUCAUAUGGUUGGGGAGCGAGUCCUGGGCAACUGAUGCAAACAUUCCACGUGGCUUGGAGGACGUAGCCCGAGGAGCCAUAACGUUGGAGAUCCGAUCAGAGCCGGUGCCCGGCUUUGUGAAGUGGAUGAAAGAGAUCACGAUCAAGAACACAAAGAACAUCCCCAUUGACUGGUUACAAGAGUACCUUCAACACAUGUUCAAAUGCAGGAUCGAGAGCAGUAUUGUGGUGCAGACUCAAUAUGCUCGAAUGUGUACAGACAAUGAACGUAUAUUAGACUUCAUGAUAGAACCGGACCCCGCAAUUUUACACACCAUCAUAUCAGCCUAUGUUGUCGCAUGGGGACUGUCCAGCGCCAGGAACAAGGAGUGUAAGGGAGAAGCUAUUGAUGACUGCUUAUGGAGAGUGAAGAGAUCUGAGCGUAAUAGGAUCAUCUAUGAAUCACUGCGUGCAGCACAGUUGAGGGUCCUACCAGAACAAUUGAAGAAUGACUCCUUCCAAUUCAAGUUCACAGAGCAAGGCUAUGGUGACCUUGGCUACAGUAUCUACAACUACGUCCGGCGUCCAGGAUCCAAGACAGACUACAUCUACAAAAAGGUCGGCUUCUGGAUGGAGGAACUUGAGAUGCCCAAGACCAGCUACCAAGGUUACUCAGAGACAGGGGGAGCAUACACCGCCAUACCUAUUUCGACCUGCCCUCGCGAUGUGAAAUGUGCCUGUUUAACAGGUGGGACUGGAACCUCGACCAUCGUAGAGAGAUUGUACCCUCCACCAGCAAAGAACGAGAACUACCAUAAAGCAUGGGGUGUCGCUGCUGCAACUCUGAGUGGUCUUGGCAUUUCCAUAGCUCUUAUCAUGUUCUUCUACUUCUUAUUCUUCUACCCAGUGCGUGGAGGCACAUCCGUCCUCGGCUACCUCCUGCUGUUUGGCUGUGUCUUGGUCUACGCGACCAACUUCGCCUUCUUGUUCCACGCCUGCCCUCAAGUCUGCGCCAUACGGAAAUUUUCCCUUGGGAUAUCCUAUUCGUUCUGCUUUGCCGCUCUCCUAACCAAGGCACUGAAUACAGUCAGGGUAGACACAUAUGAUGACAGGUUCCAAGCACCUUAUAAACGUUUCACACAUCCCCUCGGAUUAUUCAGCAUUGCAACUGGCAUAGCUUUCGUACAGAUCAUCAUUGCGACAGAGUGGCUGAUCCUUCGUCCACCAGAUAUGGAAUACGUAUCCUACUUGGGCCAGUCGUACCCGCGCUGCGCACCAAGUGAUUUCUACAAUGAGGAGCUCCUUCUCAGUUUGGUCUAUCCGAUGUUUCUGAUAGCCAUGACUCUCUUCUUCUCAGCACUGACAUGGCGCUCGGAGGACAACUGCAAGGAAUCUCGAUGGAUCUUGGUCGCCAGUUUCUUCUGUGCUGCCUGCUGGUUAAUAUGGACGAUCGUAUCAACCAAGACACAGUUUAAGUACCGAGAUGGAGCGGUGGUUGUGGGCAACAUCAUCUGCGCCUCGCUCAUGUUGAUCUGCAUCUACGCCAGGAAGAUACACUUCUUUAAUAAGUACCAGAAGGAGAAAAAGCAGCAGAAGAAAGAGGAGAGGGAAAUGAAGGAAUACCCAGAUGAUGACCUGUAUGGUAAUGUAUAUGAAUCUGUGCCGCGACCAGCAAGUGAAAGGGGAUCGAAAUAUCAUGCAUAAUGUGGCAUUCGGCAGUAUACCUUGUCCAGCUUUACACGCUUAGUAUCGAUACAGUCUCCCUCCAACUGGUAGAACCGAUGGUAUACUAAGGGGUCUUUUGGCUUCCCCCUUUCUCCCAGUUUUCCGAGAUUCUUAAAAACCUCUAGCCUUUUUUCUGAAAGACUUCUAAGGGAUAGUAGAAAAAAUAAGGUUUUUCAAUCAUCUCAGCAGUUAAUAGACCAACGUUGAAUUGACUUGUUAGUGUAUGAAUAAUCAUUUUUUAUUUCCCUUCAAACUCCGUCCAGCAAUCUAUAGUGAUUUUAAUUAGAUUCUUAGUGAGAUUUUUAAUUUAUUCUUUAGAGUAUUUGUUCAACGUGUAUUUUGUAUAUAUGGCAUAAACAGUGUCAGUGAAAAAACAGUGUCAUAUUGUAAAGAUAUUUUGUAGCUUUCAUAUAAUAGAAAUAAAUAUUUUUACCGAA